CAAGUGAGAUUGUCAAGAACAGCCAAAACAACCAAGCAAGAAUUUUCUCUCUUUCUAUUUCUCUCUCUCUCUAAUAUUUUUCAAGUCUCUCAUGGCCAAGACUUCAACAGAUCCUCUUGUUGUUGGGAGGGUAAUUGGAGAUGUGAUUGAUUAUUUCACCCCAGUUGUGAAAAUGACAGUCUCUUAUAAUUCCAACAAGCAGGUUUAUAAUGGCCAUGAACUUUUCCCUUCCGCUGUAACUCACAAACCUAAGGUUGAGGUCCAGGGUGGUGAUAUGAGAUCCUUUUUCACUCUGGUCAUGACAGACCCAGAUGUGCCAGGUCCCAGUGACCCAUACCUGAGGGAGCACUUGCACUGGUUAGUUACAGACAUUCCAGGCACCACAGAUGCCACAUUUGGAAGGGAAUUGGUGAGCUACGAGAUGCCUAGGCCAAACAUAGGGAUUCAUAGGUUUGUGUUCCUUCUGUUCAAGCAACAAAGAAGACAGACAGUGGCCACACCAAGCUCAAGGGAUAAAUUUAACACAAGAAAAUUUGCAGAGGAAAAUGGACUAGGCCUGCCUGUAGCAGCUGUGUUCUUUAAUGCUCAGAGGGAAACUGCUGCAAGGAGACGUUGAAGAGAAGAGGUAGUAAUUAAAGAAGAAAUUGCAAUAAUGGAGCAACAUCUGAUGUUCCGGCAAUUGAUCUAUUAUUACAAACUUUGUUUGCACGUAGGUAUCAACUAUGAAGUUGAAGUUUAAUUAGUUGGAUCUUAAUGAGAAGAAGUUGUUUAGCCAUAGAAUAAAGUUCAACUACUUCUUCUUCUUGUUAUUGUUGUUGUAAAAGCAAAUGAACUCUUGUUAUAUAUUGAAUUCGAUCAUCUUUCUAUG